UAUCGUUAGUUUCAGUUUCUUUGACAUAUUUAAUUAUCAAUGCAUCUAAAAUCUCUGUGAACUAAAAGCUUAUAAGUUGGAGUGAAUGAAAAUGGAGAAAAGGCAGUUUCGAUCGGUGAAAGAGGCCGUCGAGUUGUACGGCCAAAGGAUUUUGGCUCCGGAGCUCUACGCCAACGUUCUUCAAGAGAUGGAGAACGAAGAGAAUGAACACGAGAAUAACCUUCUAAAGAUCAAAAUGGUAAGAGAUGAAUUGGACAUUGCAAAGCAAAACUUGGAGAAAGCUAAAGAAAGGAGUGUAGCAAUGGCACGUUCUUUUUCUUCGUUGCAAGAAGAGCUUGAAGAGACAAAACGAAAGCUCCAAAUGCUCAAGGAAAAAUCAGAUUAUGACAUUGAAUUUGUUGGGCAUUCUUUGAAAUUUGACUCCAAAACACAGUCACAGAGAUUUGAAGUAGAGGAAGAAGAAGAAGAAGAAAGUGAAGUCUUCGAAAAAAGACAAGUAAUUAAAAUGAACGGGAAAGAAUUUAGUGAUAUUCAAUCUAUGAAGAAAAAGAAGGCAAGCAAGAAGAAGAAGGCUAUAUUGUUUAUAGGAGGAUUUUUCUCCAAGAAGAAGUGAAAAAAUAUAUAUUAUAUUUAAUAAUAUUAAAACAACUUUUUCUUUGUAGUUGAAUGAAGCACAUAUAUAAUUUUAACUGGAUCUCUAGAUCAAAUUUGUUUUUGUUUUUUAUUUGAUUUUGUGAAUGGGUUAUUCUAGCCAUUAAAAUGGUUAAAGUACACUGUUAAAUCAUUGUAUUUUGACUGAUGUAUUUUGUUUGGUUGUAUUGGUAAUGAUUACGUCCUUCAAGUAAAAUUUGUUUGUUAGAUACCUA